AUGCCUCCCCCAGCCACAGGUUCUCCCGCCGUGGCCCCACCGGAUGGCGGGUGGGGGUGGGCUGUGGUCUUGGCAUCUUUCAUCUCCAUUGGCUUCUCAUACGCCUUCCCCAAAGCAAUCACAGUCUUCUUCAAAGAAAUCCAGAUCAUCUUUGAUGCCUCCUACAGUCAGAUCGCAUGGAUUUCCUCCAUCAUGCUGGCAGUCAUGUACGCUGCAGGUCCCAUCAGCAGCAUAUUGGUGAACACGUAUGGCUGCAGGCCCAUCGUCAUGAUGGGGGGCUGUCUCUGCGCCGUCGGCAUGAUCUCGGCGUCCUUUUGCACAAACGUCCUGCAGUUGUACAUGUGCAUCGGCGUUAUCGGUGGACUUGGACUGGCCUUUAACCUGCAGCCAGCACUGACUAUGAUAGGCAGAUAUUUCUUCAAGAAGCGCCCCAUUGCCAAUGGGUUGGCCAUGGCGGGCAGCCCAGUGUUCCUGAGCACUCUGGCGCCUCUCAACCAGUACCUCUUCAAUCGCUUUGGGUGGAGAGGCAGCUUCCUCAUCCUGGGCGGCCUCCUGCUCAACUGCUGUGUGGCCGGUUCCCUCAUGAGACCGUUGGGGCCGCCCCCCGGCAAGGCCAAGAAGGACGAGGCGUUGACGCCCAUUGCAACCACGACGAAAGAAAAGCGCAGCUUAUGGAAAACCGUCAACAAAUACCUGGAUCUGACGCUCUUCAAACAUCGCGGCUUCCUCAUUUACCUGUCAGGCAACGUCAUCAUGUUUCUUGGUUUCUUCGCUCCCAUCGUCUUCCUUACUGCCUACGCCAAGGACAUGGGCGUAGACGAGUACUCUGCUGCCUUUCUGCUCUCAAUUUUAGCUUUUGUAGACAUGUUUGCUAGACCGUCCAUGGGGCUACUGGCUAACUCACGAUGGGUCCGACCCAGAAUCCAGUACUUUUUUAGCUUUGCAGUUCUGUACAAUGGUGUGUGCCACAUCCUCUGCCCACUGGUUGAAAGCUACACUGGCUUGGUGGUGUAUUCAGUAUUCUUUGGCUUUGCUUUUGGCAUGGUCAGCUCGGUAUUGUUUGAGACCCUGAUGGACCUGGUUGGAGCGCAGAGGUUCUCCAGUGCUGUUGGACUUACCACCAUUGUGGAGUGCUGCCCAGUUCUCAUUGGUCCUCCAUUAGCAGGGAAGUUGGUGGAUGUAACCAAAAACUACAAAUACAUGUACUUCUGCUGCGGCGCCAUCGUCAUUCUGGCCAGCAUUUGGCUCUUCAUCGGAAACUUCAUCAACUACAGACUGUUGGAGCGCGAGCGCAAACACGCAGAGAUGUACAAACGGACUGAGACGGACGAUCCGGACCGGGCUCAGGAGGAGAAAGAGGCCGACCAUGAAGCUCAGGCCUCCGUGGAACUGGUCGACAAAAGCCAGAAAGACGAUCAACCUAUGCAGCGGGAGACCAACAUCUAAACUCAACUGCCAAAAAUACUUUGAGGGAAGCUGUGAGACGCAUUUGCCAGCGAGCCAUAGCUGCAAAAUUGACUUCCAUUUAGCGACGACAUCCUGAUGGUUGUGGACCACAAACCUACUGUAGAUUCUUUGCUGCCACAGACUCACUCUGGGGAUCAGUUCUCCAGGCAUUCCCUUCACCCCAGGUAGAAACACCUUAUUUCACUAACAGAAUAAUUAAGAAACGACAACGUCUCUGUUGAACAGGAUGUAAUAUUUGAUCAGAUCGAGCUUUGCUGAAAGGCAGUUUUCCUCGUAGACUUGAACAUUUAUUUUCAGAGACCACCACUAGAAAUCCCAGUGACUAAGACAGAGACCCUCCACGAGGAGUCCUGUUGGUUUCAUUUCAUCCGAUUGUUGUUGACCCCUGUUUUCUGGUGCCAUGUUCAGCUCCGGCUGAGUUUACGACUCUCCCACGAUUCCAGAUGAAAGCAGCUCGGUCAACAUCAAAGACGUUUUGGUAUUCCGUUAUUGGUAUUUGGUAUUCCUUGAAAAAAAAGCAGUUUUCUAUUGUGUUUAUUGACCAAACACCAACUCCAUUCCGGUUGGAAUUCUUCCAAUUCUGAUCAAAAAUACUUAAAAACAAGACGAGCUCCAACAUAAACAAAGUAAGGCAGGUCAGACGGCCAUCGACUUGGCAGAACUGUUACCAAAAACGCACGGUCCCUCGUUUGUCACGGGAGUUACGCUCUAAAGAUAACUCACAAUUGGCAAAAUCCGUGAAGUAGUCAGUAGCCGUCUUGGUUAAACACUUAAAGUGCAGACCUUUGUAGGAAGAUAAGGGGGGGUGCACGGUGAUGUUGCGGUUAGCACAUCACGGAGUGGAGUUUCCAUGUUCUCCUUGUGCAUGCGUGGGCACUCAGUCCAAAAACAUGCCUCAUAGGUUCAUGGAUGAUUCUGAAGUGUCUAGAUGUGCGUUUGGGAUUGCAUGGCCCUGCAACAGACUGGCAACCUGUUCAGGGUGUCCGCCGCCGCUCUCACCCAACCGUGGGAUGGGCUCCAGCAACCCUGUGACCCCAAACAGGAUUCAGCGUGUUCUGAAGAGGAAUGAACUGACUUAAAGAUCUGCUCACGAUUUGUUCAUAUCAGUUAAGCUCAGCAUAUUCUAGACAGAAGUGACAAUAGUCUACACCCAAUCAGGAUGCAGAACACAAUGAUGCACUCUAAAAAAAGGUUAGCAAAUUAGCAUUUAGAGGUUUUGGAAUUCUGAGACUGUGAUACAGCGAGGGAUCUAAGUGAAUUCUCUGUAUUUUGUUGAAGACCUUCAGCCUGUGGACCAUAGUCUCAGGAGUGAAAGCUGUGCAGCAAAUGAGACUUUCACUCCACAUCUGACGUAUUUAGUAGCCUGUUUGGCCACAGUGAGGUGAAAGAAACCCAAAGCUGCUUUGGUGUGUCUCUGUUCUGAUCUAGUAUCACAAUUGAAAGGUAUUACUCUUCAGUUUGAGUCGUCUUCAGCGGACAUACAGUAUGCUUGGUGGAACACCUCGUCUCUCUAAUUCUGUUUUCGUUAAAGGGAAACGGUUGUUAUGGUUAUCGCUGUAAAACUGUCAAAUACUAUUCCUCAUGAACACCAAAAAUAUGUACAGAAAAUACGUAAAACAUGUAUUAACAUGGUAUAAAACAUGGCUUAUGCUCUUUUCUACGUGACGUCCGUUAGGAUAGGUUACUCUCAACACCCUAAAAAAACAACAUUUUAUUUAUUUUUUGGUAAAUUAUUAAAAAAAAAGUUAAGUUGCCAAAACAAACCCAUAGAGGACGGGGACAAAUGCUUCAUAAAAGCCAUAAAGCUCUGUGUUCUCUUGAUGAUUCAGGUUUUAUUUUCUACACAUAUCAGACAUUUUUAAAUACUAAGAUAAAUCUCCUAACGUCUUGUGAAAUCCCGACCCUCACGGCCCGUUAUCAGCCUGAAACCUCAGGGUCACACGUUCACACCCCCCCCGUACAGAUGUGUUCACAGCCGGGGAUGCUGGUUCCCCGCUGCCUGCCUCAACCCUCGCCCAACGCGGCGCAGCAAAACCCCGCCCCGACUUUCAGAUCAGCCCAUAAAACCUCUCCACCUCCAUAUCCUCACACUAUUAUACAGUAUGACAGAAAAAUGGCUGCACUUCACAUCCAACAUUGUUAUAAAACUGCUGCAAUUCAGAGAAUUUAAUUACGGUUGAAUGUAAUUUCCUCUGUGGGCCUUAAUAAGGUAUUAAUGACCAAAAUCCAUCGGGAUAAUAGGGUUUUUCUACAUGCAGAGCCCGGGAGCAAUAUGUGUACUUUCAUGUUUGAAUGCAAAUAUACAGGGACGUGUAUUUUGAAGUCCAUUCUACGAUCCAUUGCCUUAAAAUGCAAUGCCGUGUCACGAGAGCAGGGGGAAUGUGGAGAUAAUACCUGAUUGUGUUCUUUCAAAAUGAUCAAGCUUUGGGUUAAAUGUGAACCACUUUCUGUUAUUUGAUUUGUUUGGAAUAUAAACUUUUAAAACUUGUGAGAAAUCUGUAGAAUCUGCUUCCUUUGUGACAUUUCUGCACUUGAAGCUUUGGGUUGUCCUGUAAAGCAGUGGUCCUCAACUCCUCGGGCCUCCAACCGAUACUUGUACUGUCCUUUGGUACCCAGACCCAGAGAAAACACGACAUCCCUUACAUCAUUUACGUUUAAUUUAUUAUCCGAUUCUGUAGGAAGUUUUGUUCUGUUAAACUACAGGAUUCUUUCCUCAUCAUCCGUCAAUGACUCCAUCUAGACCCAAGUCAAGUCAGAAAGGAAUUGCUACCCACUUAACCCUUUAGCUCCAGUGUUGACGUUCUUUGAACUAUCAGAAGUAUUUAACCAUUUACGCAAUUACUGUAACUCCAAUGGAUCAUAAAGCGGAGAAAAGCAGCUUUGGGCUGGUAUGAAACGCUUUACAGUGUUUACGCAAUCAGCGCAAACUGAUUCUGACGCAGAGAACAGCAUAUUAGCUUUACGUUAGCCGUGUUGCUAACAUGUGCGUACAAAGCUGUCUUACGUUCAUUGUUUAAAUGGUCUAAUAGUUGCGGUGGUUAAAAAAGUGUCUUACUUGGUUGUUGCCAGCGACAUCUUCGGCGUUGAAGGGUUAAAGCUGCUGCUCCGACCACUAAAUCGAAAAGCUUUAAGCUAGCUAAGUGAACACAAACCUGCUCUGCGUAGUGUGUGAGAAUUUAAAUGUUACCAGUUUGCUAAGUCAAAAACACAGCAGAUUAUUACAAUUAGAAAUGGACAGUUCAAAAAAUCUGUCUGUUGUAUUAAUUUAUUGUAAAUGAAAAGUCAUACAAAACGGAAGUUAGCGUCCGAUGUUUAGCUUCCAUGACGCAAAAGGGUAAGUCGCUUUAGAAUUUCCUGUUGGACUAUUCUAAUAGUACAAAUAGAUUUUCUCAUAACUUUUUCCUCAAAAGUCAAGGAAAAUUGGAAAACAAACAAACCAAUACCUUCAAGCCAGUUGGCAAACAUACCGUCUGACAUGAACCCCUUGAUGUCUGAAUUCAUUUCCAGCAAUGAAAAAAACAAAAUGGGCAGAAUUUUGGAGCUGAAAUGGUUCACGGAUAUUUGUGUCAAUCGACAUCAAGGAGUUGAACCGAUCCUUAAAACGGUUGGGGACCACUGCAGUAAACGAUCGUCUAUAUGGGCUGAACGUUGUAAAAGCAAAUCCAGUUUUCAUGGAUUGUAGAACAAAUUGGUUAUUUAUAAAAAAGUGUGUAAAAGAAAUUCUUUUGUUAAACUCCAGUUGCUCUGAUGAAGUCUACACGCAGUUUUAUCUCCUUCAUUUUAACCCAUCAGAAUGUGAAUAUUCCAUACAGUAUGCAUACCGUUGUUCAUCAAAAAGCUGUCUGUAAUGCUCAACGUUCUUUCCGUGUGUUAAGUACUGAAACAUGUAUUGUUUUUAAAGGUCAACCACACAGUUUGAACUGUCAUUUGUUUCAAAGCCGCCACGAACGAAGAAACUGUGUUUUUAGCCACAAAUGUAUGCAGGAUCAUGAAGUGUUGUGUAAAGUAACGCACAUCGAUGUGUUGUUUAGAGCCACUUCUUUAAAUCCAUUUGUAAAUGAGUAUAUGAAUGAAGGAGAAAGAAGAUUGUAGUCUGAAUUGUAACGGCGGUUUCUCGGCAGUCUUAGCCAUCUGUAAAACGCACUUUGUUCAUCAUCGUUGAAUCCCACACAAAUGAAAGGCUACUUCUAUCUUUGGGAGGAGCUAAAGCUAACCAUACAUUAUGGCAGACAUGAAUGGUGUUGAGAGAGAAGGCUGGACUUUUUUAUCUUGAAGAGCUCUACAAAAGUGUCAGCAAAGAGCUUGUCCUGCAUGUUGGUUUUGGACUCCUCCCACUGAUUACGUCAUCAACCUGUCAUUGGUUGAUGCAGCGUGACUUUUCUGCCAGAGUUUAGGCAUGGACUGAAAUGAAUAGAUUUGACUCUUUAACAUUUGCGCUGCACAUCAAAGUUUUUGUCUCCGUGUCAGAAUGUAUAACGCUCUUCGCUAAUAAUUAGCCACUGCUAAAAAUUCGCACGAGCAUCUAAAGCACAAAUGAUGUUUGGUGCGAACGCAGCUCAACGGUUGUGGUUUCUGUGACUGAGAGCAAGCGGCUUUAUUCUUUAUUUAUUCCACUCCAAUUGGUUUGCAGAUGCAGAAAGUCAAAGGAGGAUAAUCUUCAGAGGAGAACGCCAAAGACUUUGACGUUGUCCUUCCUCCUGUCUGUGCGUGUUGAGGGUUUUACCAACAAAAGAAACCUUUAUUUAUCCAUCCAGUAAAAUGAAUGAAAAACAUGCUAAUUCACGCACGCAGAGAUGGUUUUGUGACAUUGUAGACGUCACAAGCGUGAAAAAGAUGUAGAUAUGCAUCUAUGACAUAUAUAUGGAGUAGAUAUUUCACUGCUGUUUUAACAUAGAUGAAAAAGAAUCCCACGUUCAUUUCUAAUUGAAAUCCUUCAUGCACUAACAGACUGUAGCUGCUUGUCAUUGUGUGUACAAUCCUGUUAAAGUUCACUGAUGACCAAAACUAGUAUAGAUUGCAUAGAUUUAAAAUCCUAUGAAAUGCUAUUUUUAUUUUAAGAUUAUUUUUCCAAAUAUAGAUCAAUAUUUGUUCAGCUGAAUGUGCUGAUGAGAAGAGACCCCAUUUGAAUAAACUGUCUAGUUUGUUGUGAAAAUGACUUUUUUUUCACAUUGAAACACGAUUUUGAGUUAAAAAAAAGUGAAUUAAAAAAGAAACAAUAUGCAAAUGUUCACCAGAAGCAACAGCUGGAAGAGCAUCACUUCCUGUUUCUGUUGGUGGUGGCGGCGGCGGCGGCGGCGGCUGCUUGUGUUGCUACUGGCGGGCUGUAGGACUGUUCACCUGUGUCUAACGGCACAGACGUGUUUGUAACGUUGCUUUCUGCAAUCCCAGAAGUCUUUGCAGUUUUUUACUUUUCAUAAAUAACGUCCAGGAAGGCCAAACUUCACCGUGCUCCAAAAUCAUAUGAAUAACUCCGAACACCGAAUGUGAUUGACACAUCGGCUACUUGGACAUCCGUCCGGUCUGCAGAUGGAGGUGUGACGUCGUCCACAGAAAUGCCUUACCUCCAGCUCUCGCAAAAUGCUUCCUGAUGCGGGCGCCGUUGCCGUUGAUGCGACGACUCAGACCAACCGCCGUUGACUUGUUUCAACAUGGCGGCGCCCGUACCAGGACGUGAUGGUGCGAGAAGGGAGGGGCUGAGCCGUCCGUGGUUGUGGUCUCACAGGGAGCUCCGUCCACACGUCUCCCUCCAGUAGCAGCCCUGCAGUGGGCCGUCCCGCCGGGCCAACUUCACCCCUUUUUUGCCACAUUGUUGUCAGUCUUUCACUACCUCUGCAACCGGCACGCCACGGCCAGGAAAAAAACCACACUGGUACGAAGAACUGACCGUAUGUUUUGUAUUUUUGUCUUCGAGUUGUGAUCUUAAACUAACUGAAUAAAGUAACAGCCUAUUGAAACACUG